AUAUUGUAUGCAUGCAAAUACAAUAUGUGUGUAUGUAGAGCCUUAGCUUGCGUAUAAUUACGUCUUGUUUUUUUUUCUGCGUGUGUGUUUUUGUGUGUGUGUGUGUGUGUGUCGAUCAAUGAGUCAAAACAUGCAUACCAUUUCAUUCAUUCAUCUGUUAAUGAUGAUGAUGAUAUUGUGUGAUUUGUGAUGCAGUGGUAUCAAAUGAUGAUGAUGAUGAUAAUAAUAAUUUGAUUGUGGGUGUUGGUGAUGUUUUUUUAUUAUUUGUUUUUGUCUUUGUUUUUUUUUGCCAUGUCUUUUGUCAAAUCAUCCAGAAUCAUAUCAUUUUAUUCGAUAUUCGAUGAUAUAUAUUGUGAUUUAGUGUUUGACAAAUAAUAAACAAUAAAUAUAAUAAUUAUUUCUUUACUCAUUGAUGAUGAUGAUGAUGAUAAUCGAUUAAAAUAGAAUCGAAAUACAUAUAUUUUAAAUGAUUCAUCGUCAGAACAUUUUUUUUAUUGAUUAGUUUUUUUUUAUUUCAUCCCCUAACAGUGUUUUCAUUUUUUUUUCAUUUCAUCAUCAUCAUCAUCAUCAUAAUAAUCGUCCACAACAAUGAAAGUAAUUGCACUUUAUGAUUUUCAAGCACAGCCUGAUACUGGCGAAAUUUCCAUCACAAAAGAUGAAAUGAUUACGGUUACACGUCAAGAUAUUGGUGAAGGAUGGUGGGAAGGUAUUAAUUCUCGUGGACAAAAAGGUCUUUUUCCUGCUGAAUAUGUUUCACCUGUCGCUGAUCCAAUUCCGGCUACUAAUGAUGCCUGGAUUGCACCAUCAAAAGAUCCAAAACCGACAAUGUUAUCGUUUGUGAAUCCUACUGGAACAGCUAUGAAUAAUAAUAAUAAUAAUGUUGAAUCAACCAGUCAACCACCACAACAAUUUAAUAAUGUUGAUAAUAAUUAUGAUCAAGCUGAUGAUGCUGAUUGGGGUGAUGAUGAUUGGGAUGACGAUGAUGAUAGUCAAACAUCGGAAUUUACUGCUGAUUACUCACCAACGAAUCCUCCACAGAAUCAAAUAGCUCCAAUCCAUAUUGGUAACAAUGGUAAUCAUCAUGGAAAUUAUGGAAAUAAAAUUGGUCAACCAUCGAUCAAGAAAAGCAUAAAUAGAUUUUCCCAUUUUGUUAAAUCAGGUGGUGAAGAUUAUAUACUUGGUUUGAAAACAUAUAAUGUUAAUCAAAAUGAUCUAAUUCAUAUUGUUUUCGAUGAUGAUGGCCAAUUAAAAUGGGCACCAACCUAUUUUAAUGUAACUGUGAGGGUGGAAGAACCCCAAAAAGAAAGUAAAAUGAAAGGUUUGAAAAGUUUUAUCGCUUAUCGUUUAACACCAUCAGAUACGGGCAUACCCGUGAAACGAAGAUAUAAACAUUUUGAUUGGCUACAUGAACGUUUACAGGAUAAAUUCACUACAAUACCGAUACCAUCAUUGCCGGAUAAACAAAUAUCCGGUCGUUAUCAAGAUGAUUUUAUUGAAAAUCGAAGAAAACAAUUACAAUCAUGGGUGGAAAGAAUUUGUCGCCAUCCAGUUCUCUGUCAAUCGACCGUAUGGAAACAUUUUAUUACAUGUAAAGAUGAAAAACAAUGGAAAAAUGGUAAAAGAAGAGCAGAAAAAGAUGAACUUGUUGGUGGAAUGUUUUUCUUAACGAUUCAAAUACCAGAAAAUGCGACCAUCGAUAUGAAUACUGAUCCUAAAGUUGAACAAUUUGCACGUUUUAUUGGUAAAUUAGAUGAAUCGAUGAAAAAUACUUAUAAUUUAUCACAAGAGAUGAUCAAACGUUAUCAAUCAUUUUAUAAACGUGAAUUUUCCAAAAUGAGCAGCAUAUUCAGUACAUUAAGUGAAGCAUUCGAAACAUGUCCAACAAAAGAUGGUACAGCUAAUCGUGCUUUGAUACAGGCAGUAAACAACACUAGUGAAACAUAUGAAACUAUUGGAAAAUUAUUCGAAAAAGAAGAUUGCCGUGGUUUUGUUCCAUUAUCAAAUCUGAUGCAUGAAUAUCGUGGAAUAUUGACUGCAUGGCCGGAAAUAUAUCAAGUGUAUAAAGGAUCGAUUAAUAAAAAACGUGAACAUAAAAAAGCACGUGAUGAAGGACGAUUAGAUGAUAAAUCAUUGAUGGGUAUUGAAAAACGUGCCGAUGUUGUCACUUAUGCAACAAUUGCUGAAAUGAAUCAUUUUGAACAGGAACGAAUCAAUGAUUUGAAUAAAGUGAUGCGUGAAUUUCUAACUGGCCAAUUGAAAUUAUAUCAAGAAAUUGUUGUCAACAUUGAAAAUGCAUUACAAAUGUUUCCACCUACUCAAUGAAUGAAUAA